GCGUCGUUAUCAAGGAAAAAUCGUGGCGUUCGAGUCGAACAGAAGUGUGCAAAACCGAUCGUAACCGGCAAAGGGGGCCACCGUCUACAAGAGAAACGAAGAAGGGAAACAAAAGAGUGACGAAUGAUACACGUUGAAAGGAGAUGAAGAUAAUGUAAAGGGAGCCGGAAACGAAGGGAAGACAAUAGACUGUCGAAUCGUCGCGUCAAGUCAACGGUCUUUUGUCUACGUUUCACGGUGUCUACGAACGUGCCACGGCGAUCGAAAAGAAUCAUAAUCACGGAAAAUAAAUCGUAUAAACGUUUCUGAGAUCCAUUCACCAUCAAUAAUCGAUGAUCCAUUGUGAGGAAAAGUGAUCGAACGACUUAAUAGUGAAAUAAUCUCGACGACCACAUCGUUUUUGUAUUAUCAGUAUUAAAAAAUGGUAUCAUCAACAGUAGUGGAAAAUGGAAAACCCAACCCACCAAGAAAAUCCUGUGCAGCGGGUAUUGGUCCAGGCAAUUAUCAGCUAGUUGGCUGGGAUAUGGAUACCACGGGAAAAAGAGUUAUAGAUGAAAUAUGCCAGAUAGCUGGCUAUACACCUAAUUCCUCGUAUUCUCAAUACGUAAUGCCAUAUAAAAAUCUCAAUCCUCCAGCCAUGAAGAGGCAUAACAUGAAAGUUGUGACUAUUGGCAAAUACAGAGCACUCAAAGAUAAUAAAACUAAUAAGGUAAUAAAAACUAAGAGUGAAGUGUUUGCGCUCACAGACUUUUUAACAUGGCUAGAAUCUAUUAAAGGAGAUGCAACAGAUGGAAUAAUAUUGGUUUACCAUGAACCACGAAAAGUUAUCCCUGCUAUGUUAAUUGAAUCCUUGAAGAAAUAUAAUUUAUUGGAUGGAUUCAAACAAAUUGUGAAGGGUUUUGCGAAUGGAUUCAAUGUUGCUGAAAUGAAGUGUACAAACAAUACAGUUCAUUCAUUUUCACUUAGAACAUUGUCUAAAACUUUACUUAAUCAAGAAAAACAAUUAGAUAAUGCAAAAAACAGAGCAUACCUGGCUUUACAAAUAGUACAACACUUAAGUUCACUUGAAGGUACAAAAGAGAACGAAACGAAUGGUAGUGGAGAUGGAGAUAGUGCCAUGAAGAAAACUAUAGAAUUUAUUAGGGAAUUUGUUCAACCAGUAGAAAUGGAAGAACAAGAGUAUGCAGAGCUGAAAAUAGUGUUUGAACGUCAAAAUAGUUUAAGACCUAUUUUCGGAGUCUACCGUGAAAAUCGCCGGGAACGACAACAUGCUAGUCCUUUACGGCGAUUACUCGCCGAAGCAGGAAUAGAAUAUACUCUGUUACAAGAAGCGUGGAAUAACGAGAAGAAGGAAGGUUUGGAGAAAUUAAUUAAGAUGAAUCUAACAACAGUUGAUGAGAAGCAAAUAGAAGAUCUACUGAUUAUUCUCGAAGGCCAUUUUGAUCCUGAUAAGAAGUCGAAGUUAAGAAUAACGGGAGACAAGAACGAAAUAAAAACGGAGAAUUCGAAAAUUAUCGCCGAUAAAGAAAAUAAUAAUAAAUGUGAUUCUGGUGCUGAAAGUUCAGAAACCAGUUCACCGAUUAAAGCAAAAACCGAACCUCCUGAGAACAGUUCAAUUUUAACCCAAGAAUAAGAACUGAACAAUUUAGUUUUCUCCUUCAGUGCCUUUUAACUAAUUAUAAGGUCAAUAUUGUUAUCGGUAACCGAAUUUACGAUCAUUCCGUUCAUUCUUAUCAUAAUGUUAUUCAAGUGUGAUAAAAAUAUGAGUGUUAUUUGUUGCAGUAUUGUAUUUAAGUUUUUAUUUUCGUUAUAACAAAAAAUUAGAUAUCGUAUCCUUGUAGGAUACCAAACGCUAGGCUUAGUUUAACAAACAUACGUACAAAUAACACAUUAAUUAUCAUUCUUUUUUUUUUCUAGUUAACGAUAAAGAAAUAUUUAAUGAUUCGUUUUGGUUUAACGAUUAAUUUUAUGAUAGUUGAUUUUUAUUUAAUCAGAUUAACGUUGUAACAAGUGAUUAUUUAGAGACUGGUCGACAUAGAAAUAUAUUCAGACACCAAAUAAGUUUUCUUUUUUUUCAUUAUUUUUGAGAUUAAGUGUAUUUUUGUUUUCUUUUCUUUUUUUUUUUUUUUAAUUU